GAAACAGUCUUGAAUUUUACGUCUCAACGGCAAAAUAAUUUUUUGAGUUCAAUUUUGUCAAAAUAAUUGUGCCCCACAAAACGGGAAACGUUUACAUAAACAGUAGAAUUAACUUUUUAAUCCCAUCCAUCAUCAAUGCAUCAACCUAAUUUGCUCAACCCUACAAGAAACCCCAUGAAAUAGGUCAUCCUGUCAAGAUUUUACAGUGUAAACAUGGAGAAAAUCUUGAUUCCAGCAAUUUUUUUGUUCAGAAUAAUUGUUAUUGAGGCUGCAGUCAAUGUCGGUGGUGGCAUUGGCAUUGGAGUUGGCGGUGGCGGUGGCGGUGGCGUUUGGGUGGGUGGAGGGAUCAACACCAGUCCUGACACUCCACCACAGGUGUCGAAACUCAAUGCUGCAUAUACUGCUCUUCAGGCCUGGAAAUCUGCAAUUUCUGAUGAUCCAAAUGGGAUUUUGAACACAUGGGUUGGCUCAAAUGUGUGUGCUUAUAAAGGGGUUUUUUGUGCAGAUUCUCAAGAUUCAACUGGCCCGUUUGUGGCAGCAAUAGAUCUGAACUAUGCAAAUCUUCAAGGAGUUCUGGUUAAACAACUCUCUGAACUUGCUGAUUUGUCUCUUAUUCAUCUCAACAGUAACAGGUUCAGUGGCACUGUACCUGAAUCUUUCAAAGAUUUCUCAUCUCUCACUGAAUUAGAUCUCAGUAACAACAAAUUUUCAGGCCCUUUUCCUGUUACAGUUCUUUACAUUCCAAAGCUGAAGUAUUUAGACAUCAGAUUCAACAGUUUUUCAGGGUCCAUUCCUGAUGAUCUCUUCAACAAACGACUUGAUGCAAUUUUCUUGAACAACAAUCAGUUCGAUUCAGAACUUCCACAGAAUUUAGGUAACUCGGCAGCUUCUGUUAUCAAUUUGGCUAACAACAAAUUCAGUGGGAACAUUCCUUUCAGUUUAGGUUACGUGGGAUCUCGAGUAAAGGAAAUCUUGUUUCUCAAUAAUCAACUCACAGGUUGCAUCCCAGAAGGGGUUGGGUUAUGGAGUGAUUUACAAGUUCUUGAUGUGAGUUCAAAUUCAUUGAUGGGUCAUUUGCCUGACUCCAUAUCAUGUUUGAGCCAAAUUGAAGUGUUGAAUUUGGCCAACAACAAGCUCUCUGGGGAAUUACCAGAUUUGGUUUGUGAAUUGAGAAGCUUAUUGAAUUUGACAGUGUCAUCCAAUUUCUUUUCUGGGUUUAGUCAAGAUUGUGACAAAUUGAACAUAGGAUUUGAUUUCUCAUUCAAUUGUAUUCCUGGGAAAAAGAUGCAAAGACCUGAACCAGAUUGUUCUGUGAUUCCAGGGGAUGGACUCAGUUGCCUUAGAAUCCCUGCAAAGCCUUUGGUUUGUGGGGCACAUCAGAUCGUAACUCCAAGUCCCUGAGCAUGUGGGUUGUUUGCGGGAAAGAACCCAUUUUUCUUUUAGUAUUGGUUGUCUGUGCUUUAAUUGAAAGAAGUAAUGAUGCAGACCUUCCCUAUUUAUUGGUGUUGCUGUCACAAAAUCUUGUAGGUGUAACACUAAUUAUAUUAGCCUCUCUGCAUAAGACAAGCCGGAGAGUACUAGGUAUGAAUAUAUUAUUGAUUCUAUUACUUCAUGAUA